UCUCUUCUCUUUGCAUGGAUUUCUCCUCUAAAUAUAGUCAAGCUUAGACUCUUAAAACCAUAGAGAAACUCUCACGAGCUUUGCUUAAUUACUUCCUCAUUUCCCUUUGCUUUCUUCUAUUGCUAUUAUUAGUAUCAGUGGUUACAGAUCACAGUUCCCAAUUCUUUCUUAUUUUAAAUCUCUUUCUCUCUAUACUUCAAUUCAACAACUCAAAAAGAGAGAAAGAGCUGGUAAGAAUGUUUACUGGGUCUUCUUUUUUUCCACUUUUCUUGCUUCAGAUCUUGUUCUUCCUCCAUUUCUGAGGGGGGUUCUCAGUGAUCAGUUGGAAUAACAAGGUCUUUUUGUGAUCUAGAGGAGAUGGGAUUGAUAUUCUGAUCUGGGUUCUGUUUGUUUUUCUGUUUUCAUUGUGUAUUGGAUCUUGUAUUUAGUGUUAUGAGAUCAAGAAUUGCAGCAUCAAUUCAAGCUCUUGGAUUGAUUUCGAAGUUGCAUUAGCUUUUUCAUUUCUUCCUUUGGUGUUUUUUUUUCUCUUCUGGUUUAAAGGCUUUUGUCAAUGGAAGCUAAUUUAGUAUCAAGACAUGUUUGCAAGCUCUGCAAUAAGAGUUUUGCUUGUGGGAGAUCCUUGGGAGGUCAUAUGAGGUCUCACUUGACCAAUAAUUUAGCUGAGAAUGAUGAGAAACAUAGUAGAACAAGCCUUCAACUUGGUAAUUACAGUGGUGGAAGCUUGUCAAACAUGGAGGAGGAGAUAGAUUUUGGUUAUGGUCUUAGAAAGAAUCCAAAAAAGACUCAGAAACUUGAGUUUUUAAGUGAAGAAUCAUCACUUCAAGACAAGUUUUGUAGGGAAUGUGGUAAAGGGUUUCAAUCAUGGAAGGCUUUGUUUGGUCAUAUGAAGUGCCAUUCUGAAAGAGGAGUAGUUUUUUCUAGUAGUCAAGAGGAAGUGGAAGAACCAGAUUCUCAUAUUACAGAUGCCAAGCAGAAGAUGGUAAUGGAUAUCCAAUCUGAUAAUGAAAACGAAGUUCCUAACAACAAGAGAAAGAGAUCAAGGAGGAGAAGAACAUCCAACCAAAUGGGCACUGCAAAUUCAACAACUUCUUUCUCUUUUGCCACAAAUUCUUCAUCUGUUUCUGAUAUAGAGCAAGAACAAGAAGUUGCAAUUUCCUUGAUGUUACUUUCCAUGGAUAUGGGAAAUUGGGUUGGUUUCAAUUCACCAGCUGAGUCUUCAGAUAACAAUUCAAAGUUUCUUGAAGCUCCAUCUGUUGUUGAGAGCAAAACUUCUGUCUCUAAUGGCUGUGAGUUAGUGAAAUCAAACAAACUCAAGGGAAAGAAAAUGGAAUUUGAAGUGAAACAAUCAGAGGAAAGAGCUGGAUCAACGAUGAUCAAGAAAUCUCAGCUAAAUCAAAGAGCUGGAUCUAAAUCUUCCCUCAAGAAAAAUGAACAAAAUCAAGGUAGAUUCAGCUCUGAUAUGUUCUUCAAAUCCCCAAAAAAGACAUUAGCAGAGUUUUGGGAUUCAAAAAUCUGCAAGAAACCCAAAAAGAGAAGCAAAUUCGAGUGUGAUAUUUGCAAUAAGAUCUUUGACUCAUAUCAAGCACUUGGUGGGCAUAGAGCAAGUCACAAGAAGUUAAAGGGUUGUUUCAUUGAAUCAGCCAUGGAAGACGAAGAAGAAGAAGAAGACGAAGAAGAAAUAGGAAGUGAAAGCAGUGGAGAAAUGACCAUUUCUGCAAACCCAAAAGCUGAAAGCAAAGGUUCGAAAGGGAUCAACAAUGGCGGACGAAUCGAAAAAAACAGCAAACAUAAAUGCCCAAUUUGCGAAAAAGUGUUUGCAUCAGGACAAGCACUUGGUGGACAUAAAAGAUCGCAUUUGAUGAAUGGAUCAGAAACUAAAAACAGAGAAACAAUUCAGAUUCAAAAGCAAGUCCCAGAAAUUAGGAGGUUUUUGGACCUGAAUCUUCCUCCAGAACCUGUUGAAAGAGAAAGCAAGGACCACAAUUUAGCGUCAUUAAAUCCAUCAUGGUGGGUUGCUGCUAAUGAACACAAACAUGAAGCUCUUGUGAAUGUGGGAUUUCAUAUCUAACUUAGAAUUACUUCUUUUUUCUUUUUUUCAAAAAAAAAAACAGAGAGAUUUAAGAGAUUUGUAUAGUCAAUACUUUCUGGGUUCCAUUUCAUUUCAUUGAUUCUUUACAUUUGGUUGAAGAUCCUUCCAUUAAUGCUUCC